CUACCCAAAGGUUAAAGCGUCGUCUUGCUGCGAAAGAAACCCAAAAUUCUGUUUGGCCACCGAGAAAAGUAGCUGCAAAAUGUCAGGUAUGGAAAGAUUGCAGAGGAUGUUUGCUGGUGCCGGUGGUGCGUUGGGUCAUCCUCCGCCGGACUCUCCGACGCUUGAUUCGUCAGAGCAAGUUUACAUUUCCUCACUCGCACUCCUCAAAAUGCUCAAGCACGGAAGAGCUGGUGUCCCCAUGGAGGUGAUGGGUUUGAUGCUAGGGGAGUUUGUGGAUGAAUACACAGUUCGUGUUGUUGAUGUCUUUGCAAUGCCACAAAGUGGUACUGGUGUCAGCGUUGAAGCUGUUGACCAUGUGUUUCAGACUAACAUGCUUGAUAUGCUCAAGCAGACUGGAAGACCAGAGAUGGUGGUAGGGUGGUAUCAUUCACAUCCUGGAUUCGGUUGUUGGCUCUCUGGUGUUGACAUAAACACACAGCAGAGUUUUGAAGCUCUGAAUCAAAGGGCUGUUGCUGUGGUUGUGGAUCCAAUUCAAAGUGUUAAGGGAAAGGUGGUAAUUGAUGCAUUUCGUUUGAUUAACCCACAAACCAUGAUGCUCGGCCAAGAACCACGACAGACGACAUCUAACCUUGGGCAUCUUAAUAAGCCAUCCAUUCAAGCAUUGAUUCACGGGUUGAACAGACAUUACUACUCAAUAGCCAUCAAUUACAGGAAGAAUGAACUGGAGGAAAAGAUGCUACUUAAUCUCCACAAGAAGAAAUGGACUGAUGGGUUGACACUUCGUCGUUUUGAUACACAUUCAAAAACCAAUGAACAGACUGUUCAGGAGAUGUUAAACUUAGCUGUCAAAUAUAACAAGGCAGUUCAAGAGGAAGAUGAGUUGCCACCAGAAAAGCUAGCAAUUGCUAAUGUAGGAAGGCAAGAUGCUAAGAAACACCUUGAGGAACAUGUGUCCAACCUGAUGUCUUCGAACAUAGUGCAGACUCUGGGAACCAUGCUUGAUACAGUUGUAUUUUGAUUACUUGCUGCAGUAGAACAAUCCUGAAUCUGAAUUUAGUUUUCACUCAAUGCUUAUACUGAACAUUUUGUUAUAGUUUUUCUCUUGCCUGCGAUUUCUUUGCGAAAACAAUUUAAUUGUUGGACUGUAAGUCAUAU